CCGUGGUUGCCUCGCGAGCGAAGCAAACAAUACAUCAAUACAAUUGUGUUGUUCUUACUCGUCGCGAUGCUCGUGUUCCUGAUGCUGCCCGAUUGGGAAAACGAAGACGAAGAAUUUGAGGAAGUAUUAAAUGGCCAAAACUCAGUUCCUCGUGCUAUGAUGAUGCGAUCGCGAUACGUAGCGGGACAUACGCGGGCACACGGCGAGCUGUGCCCCGACCGCGGCGCGCGCACCGGCCUCGUGAUCCUCGUGGCGUCAGCGCCGGCGCACCGCGCGGCGCGCGACGCCAUCCGCGCCACCUGCCCGCGCAGCAUGCGGCGCGCCCCAACCACGUCGCGCUCGCCUUCCUCCUCGGCGUCACGCCUCCGCCCCUGCGCGACGCAAUACUCGACCAUAGAGUAA